AGACCAAAGACUACACCUAUAGGACUCAAAAAUGACAGCAACAGUUAGAGACUUCAUAUUCAUUCUCGAGACUUUCUUUCCUGGUGAAAUGACUCUAUUGCGAGCCUUCUAUGUCCUUGCUACACUGGUGAUGCUAUAUCCUCUGUUGCAAUUACACCAAAACCAACAAAAAGAACCGCGCCAACCAAAUGAAACCGCAUGGAAGAAAGCCAUCCUGCCACUUCUCAAACGAGCCUUCAAUCCUGCCCUAUCACUUCCUGAAGCCUUUGAUGACACCGAGCAAGGAUUUCAGACUGCAGAAGACCUCUACCAUGAUAUUGAAUCAGUACUCGAGUUUCUUGGUAUUGAUACCAGUAUUAAUACCCUACCAGACAUGUUCACACCCAAGCCAAGAAUCGUCCUAUGCACGCAGCGCCGUAACUGCAUCAGAUGCCCUCCAACUACCCGGUUCCGUUCACUCCGGAGACGUCUCUCCACCUCUUCAGUCCAGGUUCUCACUGCCAGUCUAACAUGGGAGGACGGUGAGCUUGUUGUUGCACACUGCUCAACUUGCCAAGCCGAUUACUACCCUGACCGUAUAACAUUCAAAGAUGAGAACAACCGAAGAGUUCAAUGGCUCGAAAUUGACGCACCAUAUCUGCGAGUCUCAAAACAUGGACGUUGGGCAGCUCGGAGAGUUGCCCGUCUGCAGGAAAGCAGUUUGAUGCGAUUUCACGCCGGAUGGGCUGGCUUCGCUGACUUACUUAAUGAUGUCGCGGAACCAGUGGGUCAGAUAACCAACCGACAGUCGCAGCGACUCUUUCUAGAGUACUUCGCUCGACGACUACUGGUUGCACAUGGCAAGACCAGAAACUUCACUUGCGAAGCGCACCCGAGUGCGCGAGUCUUUGCAGAAAGGGUACGAGAUGUAAUAGGCAAGAAUGGGGGAGUGAUGGUUAGCGCUUUGCGCCAUACCUGCAUGGACUGCACUCACCGGAAACGAUACCGUAGUGACCUCAUUGCAGAAGGAGCAAUUCUCGAUGACGUUGGUGACAGAGUUGCUAUUGAAGACAACUUUGAAGGCAUCCCUGGUGGCGAGCGAUCCCUUGAAGAUAGUGAUGAGGUUGGGGCGAAUAUGCCACAGUUGCCACCAGUACAGAAUGAACCACCCGAAGAUGGUCAGCGAGGUUACGUGCGAAUGGCAGUCAUGGAUGGUAAAACGAUCGGACAUAGAGUUUGCGCUGUUGAUGCCUGUGAAAACCCACUCGUAAACUACAAAAAUGGUCGCUUUUGCGAAGAUCAUCUGUAUCUUCGGCAUAUCUGUGGAAUCAUACCGUGUGGCCAUCAAGUGGGCUCAAAUGGGUUAACCUGUAAUGAUCCAGUGCACGAGACAUGGUACCGUCAAUGGAAAGGUCGAUUCACGCGCAUGUCGUAUCCUGGAGUCCGCCGCGUCAUUCGUCAGCAGCGCUCGCAACAAGCAUCAGGCAAUCUAUCAAACAAUAGACCCACCUUGCAAGUACAGCUGGCACCGCUUGGAGAGAUACCUGGUGAAAAGGUGGUGCACACCUUUCAAGCACAAUCUGUGUACUGUCUGCAGACAGUUCAAUGGGCAUGUAGUAUGCCAAUCGGGUGGGGAAAAUGUUAUCGUUCAGAGAGCGCACCUCAAGUUCUGGCCAUUCUUGACCGUAUCUGGCUAGACCAUCCAACACUUCGGCCUAGCUUCAUUGCCUAUGACGAUGCAUGCGAUCUCCUACGCCAUAUUGUGACUCAGGAUGCACAAAAUCCGUGGUUAAAGUCGACGAAGUUCGUCGUCGACGCAUGGCACUAUAUCGGCCAUCGUGCUACAGACAUCCUCUGUCGAGUAUGGUGUAAUCCGGCUCCAACCAAUGGUUCCCAGCCAGAUCUCGUUAUUGUGGAGGAAGACGAAGAGGGAGCGAGACAUCAAACGCGCGCGUUCAACACGGAGACAGCUGAACAGCUGAAUUCAUGGUUAGACGGAUUCGAGGCGCAGCUUUCACAGAUGACCGAUGUCACCUACGACUUUUUUGUCCAUGUGCUUUUCCUUGUGUAUGGCGAGCUUGUAGAACACCGUAUCGCACGUAAAGACCGCCAUCUGGCAGACGAUUUCUGGCUAGAGCACGAAACCGAGGAGCAGUAGAGAGGGGAAGAAUAGGAAUGUUGUCGCGUUGUGGGUGUUUGUUCAGCGGCCUGUUUGGUCUAUGUAUGGUCAUUUAGAGCGCCGAUUCGGGCAAGGCAUCUUUGUCGUGCAUUCUCAGACUCAUACGUCUUACAAUUCAAAGCUCGUUCUAAUGACUCAAAGGUCUCUAAUGCACUCAAAAACUAUGCUAGCCACUCCUAUGCUUAAACUCUGAGAGCACUCCCCUAUAGCCAGCAAAUAUCACUGUACUUCACGGGCAGACGUCAGAUUACAUUGGUAUCCACUGGCCGCCAGCGUACGACAACUCGCUUUGCCCUGGUUUCCGCCGAACGACGACAAUAACCACUGACUUCACUG